ACCAACUUUCUCGCCUCUCCUAACUGGCAGUUAGGCUAUUAAUGUUUCCCUCUUCUCACGUAAACUCUCCAUUCCCUAUCAUUAUCCCCUCAUUUUUUUCAACCUUCUCCUGAAGCUUAAGAUCUGGUACUGGUCUUAUAUUAUUGCCCUGUCUUCCCAUGUCGCCGCUUCUCUCCCUUCUUCUUGCCAUUCUAUUGGUAUUUGUUGAACCCACUCUUCCCCUUGUUGCACUUGUCUUUCCUCCAAAACCUUCACUAGCCAGAAAGUUGGCCCUUCAGCUUGUAAUUUUGGAGGUCUUCCAUGGGAGUUGUGCAGCGGAGAGAGGCGCGUCCUUCACUGAGCAGAGGAGCGAAUGGAAGGCGAAAGAGAAGAAGAAGGAAACGGAGAACAGAGGCAUGAAAAAAUGAUUGCCCUCAAGCCCAUUGUUCACGCUUCCUUGCACGCGUUCCACCACGCGCCGCUCCAAACCGUGAGAGGUUCUGCUUGGUGCGUUUGCAAGUCGCAGGAGUCCGAUUCCGAGGAUCCCUCGGCGGAAGGAGACGCUAACAGCCAAGAGCUUCUGGCACGAAUCGCCAUGCUUCAGACGGAAAAGGUUCGCCUCACCGAUUUUCUGGAGGAGAGGUCUGCGUAUUUGUCGCAGUUUGGGGAAGAGGCAAAAGCUGAGUUUGACAAGAUCGGAGAAGAUGCUCUCAAAGAGUUGGAUGAAGCUGGUGCCAGAAUAACAGCAAACAUAGAGAGUGAGAUGCUAGCAUUCGAGGAAUCUACUGAAAUGAACAGACUAGAGAUUGAGGAGAGUGAAAAGAAAAUAGAAGAGUUNGAGGACCAAAUGCAGAAGGACCGAAAGGAAGGGCUAUUCUUUAAGAACCUUGGACAGAAGGAUCUUGUUGAUAAAGCAAAACCCAAGGAGGAGGUGGAAAAGAUCAAAGAUGUCAACAUAGAAAACAGUGGCAGCCAAACCAUGAAAAAUGUUUAUCUCUUCUUCAUUGGCUUGCUCACUUUUGGAAUAGUUGAUUCUGUUGUCUCAUUCUCAGGUGCUGAUUGGAAAAGAGUUUCAGUUCUUGGAGGUAUUAUUGUGGUUUUGUUUUCUUUAUUCAUCAAUGAACAAAACAAGGACAACAAGAAAGACUGAGAAAAAAAGUCAAAGUUCAUUUUCGUUUUGAGAAAAAGAAGUUUAUGGUGGAUGACAUUGUGAACUGUUAAUGCAUGCUUCAACUUGGACUAAUGCAUCAACCAGCUGAGAUAUUGCUGAUGUCCAGAAUUUGGUUAACUAAAUGCCAUGAGAUACUGCACAAAUGUAGAAUUACUUUCAGUCUGUGUUGUUGCAGAAAAAUAUAUGUACAUAACUUUUAGGAGCAUAUUCAUCUGUGACUCUUACAAAUUUAUAUUUAGAAGCACAACGUUUCUAAGUCUGUCA